AUGUCACAAAAACAACUACUACCUCCAGACCUCAUGGUGUCCCAACUGUCCACAAUCGACCUGUUGACAGCAAUGUUCCCCGCGCCAGGCGAACUCGACAUCUCCACUUCCAGUCAAGAAUGCAUCGAGAAACUCCGCGAGUGGUGCGAAAGUCCAGAUACAGGGUUUGAAAGCGCUGUCCCAUCUGGGAUUCCAUCGAGUAUAGAUCUCGCUGUACACGUUCCGAUCGUGGAGGGCGAGAAGACGAUCCAAGUCAACGUUUACAUCCCGCUCUACUGCCCGGCUUCAGAGCCAGAGACAGAGCCAGACACAGACACACAGACAAUAGACAGUCCACCACCACUCAGCUACACCCUCCGCCAACCAUCCUGGAUGUCCAAAGCCGAAGUCUCGAAGCUAUCGGCCUCGAUGCCAACAGACGACGUAUUCGAAGCACUCGAGUACAUCCGCGAAGCGGGGGCGCGAUUCCUCCAAGACCAGAAACAGCAGCAGGAAGCACAACAACAACACACAUCCUCCUCCAACCCCAGAUCCACCAGCACCGACCCCCUAGUCCGCGUGUGGUUCUACUUCCCCUCCCUGUCCACCCGCGAAAAACGCACAGACAUGGUAACGCACGCACCGGACUACUCCCUAACCGGCUUCGUCCUCGCCGGGAAACCGGGCGUGCUCUGUCUCGAGGGGACGUCGCGGAAUAUCGACGCGUACAUGAGUUUUAUCAAGACGCACUCGUGGGGCGAUAUACCGAGCCACCAGAAGAAGGUUAGCGAGCGGUAUCGUGAGACGGAAAGGGUGAGCAGGGUGUUUGGCGGGAUGGAGGAGAUUACGGACUCGCUGGGGGAACGCGGUGGGCAGAGGGCGAAUCGGGGCGAUAUGCAGGCGCUUGAGGCGUGGCUGAAGGGGAAGGGGUUGGGGGAGGCGUUUGAGAGGGUUAUCUUUUAG